AUGACUUCCAAAAUUGUUCUCUUGGUUCUUCUCGGUGUUCUCAGUUGCACCAUCAACGCAAGAAAGCUAGUGGGCUCAGAUGGUCCUGUCAAUGAUGAAAAAUUCUUCUUUGAUAACUGGAAUUUAGGAGGUGGUGGAGGCGGAGGCGGUGGCGGUGGAGGUGGAGGAACAGGGGGUGGUUCUGGUUUUGGAGAAGGAUUUGGUGGUGGAUUUGGAAGUGGUGCUCAAGGAGGAGGAGGAGGUUUUGGUGGCGGAGGCGGUGGUGGAGGCGGAUUGGGUGGAGGAUCCGGUAGUGGAUUUGGAUUUGGUGCAGGAUACGGUGGUGGGAUAGCACAUGCAGCCGUGGAAGAAUUCAUGGUGUAA